AUGCAACUUGUGGAAAACAUUGCAAACUCCAAUGGAAGCUAUGGAGAAGAGUAUGAUCGCACCAACCGGAGCUCGACCCACCACUCGAUCGAGUCCGAUGAGAAAUUGAGAAAAGAGGUCAAAUCGUUGAAUGAGAAGUUGGAUAAGCUUAUGUGUCUGCUGAAGAGAUGGAACCAGUCCAAGAAGGGGAGGAUACACAAUUUGCUGAAGACCAGGUCUACCCUCAACAACAGCAAGCUCGAUCGAGUCAAGCCCCACAACAUGGGUAUGGUCAAAAAAGAACUACCAAGGCCCUCAAGGGACUUUUCCUGGUCAGCAAAUGCACAUACCACCUGGCUUUCCCCACCAACCACCCCAGCCUGCACCUACACUGAGAAUGAGCUCAAAGCUAUGUUGAAACAAUUGCUUCAAGGGCAAGCUGAUGGUGUUGUGGACACAAGCAAGAAGUUAGCUGAAAUCAACUCCAAGAUUGAGAAUCUCAACACAAGAGUGUACUCUCUGGAGAAUCAUGCUUCUUCUGUUGCUGCUGCUACAAAGCAAGGACAACUACCUGGUAAAGCCAUUCAGAACCCCAAGGAACAGUGCAAGGUCAUCUUCACUCAAGAAGGUCUUGAUGAAGAAGAGGAUCAAGAAGACCUUCACACUUCACCAGUUGAGCUCGCACAACAAGCUCGAUCGGCAGCUCGAUCGAGUCGAACUCUAGCUCGAUCGAGUCAGACAUCAUCUGUCCUCAAGCCGAUUUUGCUUGAUCCUUACCAGCCAGUUGAUCCAUCCUUCCGCCUACUCAGUCAAGGCCAUAAGGAAGUGAUUCACAAGUUCAGAAGAGACCUCAGUGAGAUUGGAAUUGAGUUGCCUUCUAUGGAAAGCAUGAGUGAGGCAUUUGAGCAAAUGAAGAUGAUUCAAGAUGUUAUGGCUAACAAGGAUAAAGUUUCUGAGCUUCUGGAGAUGUCUGCUUACCUCACCCACUACUUUUUACCAAAGGUGAAGGAUCAAGGGAAAUUCACUCUCCCUUGCACACUUGGGCAUAUUGAGCUUGACAAUGCCUUGGUGGAUUCUGGUGCAAGCAUCAACCUCAUCUCACUCACAAUGGCAGAAAAGCUUGGCAUUGCUGGAGCAUUGCAGCGCCCUACUACUUCAAUCAUGUUUGGAGAUGCAACUUCAAAGUCUCCUCUUGGUGUGUUCAAGAACUAUCACUUGAAAAUAGGAGAAUGCAUCAUCCAAACUGAUCUUACUGUCAUGGAGAUGGAAGAAGAGAAGGAUCUACCUUGCUAUUGGGAACCCCUUUCCUUAGCACAGUUGGCGCUUCAAUAG